GCUUCAGGCUGCAACGCAGGGCAGACAUGAAGGACCCCAGGAGCCCCUACGCGCCCUCAUACCCUGCUAGGCAGUGGAUGAAGCGGACCAAGCGCGAGUGGAGGCCGCUGGAAGAGCGGAGCUGCACUGACCUGCCCUGGUUCCUCCUCUUCAUCAUCUUCCUCAUCGGCAUGGGGAGCAUCUGUGGCUUCACCGUGGCGACGGGGGGUGCGGCCCGCCUGGUGUUUGGAUACGACAGCUAUGGCAACACCUGCGGACAGAACAACGAACAGCUGGAGGGGGUCCGGCUCAGUGGACUGGACCACACCGACCGCAGGUUCGUGUUCUUCCUGGAUCCGUGUAACAUUGACAUAGUGCAGCGUAAGAUCCGCUCCAUGGCCCUGUGUGUGGCCGAGUGCCCAGGAGAAGAGCUAAACACCUACGGAGACCUGAAGAGAUACGCCAUGAUCAACGGCUCUGAGCUCUGUUCCUAUGAGUUGGCUGGUCAUAAGUACCCAGGUCAUCCUGACCGCUUCACCAAGUGUCCAAAACUUCCAGUGCCCCAGAGUAAGCCGCUGCCGGUCUUCAACCGCUGCACUCCCAUGGACAUCUCCUGCUACGCCAAGUUUGCCGAGGCCGUGGUGACCUUCGUCAGCGACAACAGUCUGCUGCACCGCCUGAUAGCCAGCGUAGCCGCUAGCAAGGAGAUCAUCAUUGGCCUCUGUAUCCUAGCGCUAGUGUUGUCUAUGAUCCUGAUGGUGAUAAUCCGCUACAUCUCGGCGGUGCUGGUGUGGAUCCUCACGGGACUCGUGGUGCUCGGCUCUCUUGGAGGCACCAGUAUCCUUUGGUGGCUGUACAUUGACCACCGGCUGAGUGUGAACGAUACGCAGCCAGAGGAGGAGGCGGUGGAGGAGGCGGGAGAGGAGGCGGGAGAGGUGGACGAGACCAAGGACAAGACCCACGCCCUCAUGAUCUACGCCAUCGCAGCCACUGUAUUCACUGUGAUUCUGCUGCUGCUGAUGCUGUUCAUGCGUAAGCGUGUCGCCUUGACGAUCGCUCUGUUCCGCGUGGCGGGGAAGGUCUUCGUGCAUCUUCCUCUCCUCGUGCUGCAGCCCUUCCUCACCGUCAUCAUCCUCCUCCUCUUCUGGACCUACUGGCUACUGGUACUGCUCUUCCUCGGGACCAGCGGUAACCCGGUGGCGAAUGAGGAGACUGGCUUGAUAGAGUUUCGCCUGACGGGGGCGCUGCAGUACCUGACGUGGUACCACACCUUCGGCCUCAUCUGGAUCAGCGAGUUCGUACUGGCCUGCCAACAGAUGACCAUCGCAGGGGCCGUGGUGACAUACUACUUCACCAGGGAUAAAGGUCGGCUGCCCAUCACGCCCAUCCUGUCCUCCGUGCUGCGGUUGCUAAGAUACCACCUGGGUACCGUCGCCAAGGGCUCCUUCAUCAUCACCCUGGUCAAGAUCCCACGACUCAUCCUCAUGUACGUCCACAACCAGCUCAAGGGCAAGGAGAAUGCGUGUGCCCGCUGCAUGCUGAAGACCUGUAUCUGCUGUCUCUGGGCUCUGGAGAAGUGCCUCAACUAUCUCAACCAGAAUGCAUACGCAGCUACAGCUAUCAACAGCACGAGCUUCUGUGUGUCAGCGCGCGAUGCCUUUGUGAUCCUGGUGGAGAACGCACUGCGAGUGGCAGCCAUCAACACCAUUGGGGACUUCGUACUCUUCUUGGGCAAGGUCCUGAUUGUGACGUGUACUGCGUUUGCGGGCGUGCUGGCCCUUAACUACCAGCGUGACUACAGCGAGUGGGUUCUUCCGCUCCUCUUGGUGGCGCUGUUUGCGUUCCUGGUGGCCCACUGCUUCCUGUCCGUCUUCUCAGCUGUGGUGGACGUCCUAUUCCUGUGUUUCGCCAUCGACACCAAGUACAACGACGGCACGCCCGGACGCGAAUUCUACAUGGAUAAAGCGCUUAUGGAGUUUGUGGAGAACAGCCGUAAGAAUGCAGCGGCGGCGGAGCGGGGUCGCGCGCGAGGAGCCCGGGAAGAGACGGAGCUUACAGCCAUGGCACCGGGCCCUUCGUCAGCUUGACGGCCGUCCGUCCAGUGAAGAUGACCUUUGACCUUUUUAGAGACAUUCCAAAUGAUGAUUUUUACGUGUAACAUGUUUACUAUGGUUUCACUCCAGGGAAAACAAUAUUUUAAUAAGUGACUGGAAACAAGACGAGACAAAAACAAAACAAACAAACAAACAAAAAGAAAACAAAAUAACAGCAUAAUGAAGCACUUUACACUGGAGCGUAGGGCUGUGAGCCCCCUUGGGGAAACCAUGCAGUUUUCGUAGUGAUGUCCUUUUGUAAGACUCAACCAGUCCGACGCCACCUAGUGGGCUCCCGCAGUACUGACCAGUCAAAAAGAGAAAUCACUUGUCAACGUCGGGAAGGACGACGUACAGACAGACAGACAGACAGACGGAUGACCACAUCUGAUUCUUUGGCGGUGUGUGUGUAUGUGUGUGUGUUUUCGCACCACUUCUCCUAUUGGGGAGUGGUGUGUGUUUGUGUGUGUGUAUCUGUGCGCGCGUACUGGGCAGCAGAGAACCUUGUGCUUCUCUCUGCAAGUUAGUUGUCUAACACUCGUUUUUUCUAAUGCAACGUUGUAUCCAAUCACGAAGCACCUCACCAAGGUGAGAAGGAAACUCGCUCCUAAACUCCACCCCCCUCCACCUGCCACCUGGGUUGGGUUCUCUCCCUACGUUACAACGGCAACCUCCUGACUGGGUUCUAUCAUCACGUUGCUACGACGUUGCAACCUACUGGCUGGGUCGUUUACCUAACGUUACGUCGCUAAUGGUCUGUUGGCCCGUUUUUGUGUGGGGAGGGUUUUUUUUGACAUGGACAGCCCAGGGUCUGACUGUUUCUAUGACGACUGAAGGGAGGGAACCUCACGGAAUCACUGGCAUCUCACAGCGAUCAUAGAAUACUGGCGGAAGCCUGCUAAGGAACCCUGAUGAGGAACACUGAUAGUGAGAACUGCUCUCUUCCAUGGAAUGACGUUAACUGCAGAUCUGUCGGAUGAGCACACACUCUUCCCAUUGGCCAGCGCCCCAAUCAAUCAAACAGCGGGGCGGGACUUCGGCCUGGGAGCCAUUUUGUAGGUGGACCUCGAGGUCAAACAGAAAGGCUAAUGCUAAUGCUAACAUUUACAAAAACACAGACGUCUUCCUACAUACUGUACACGUGCUCUC